AUGUCCGAUAAGAAGAGCGACGACUACUAUCCGGGUCGCGACAAUGGCGAGAAGGAGCGCUUCAUCCCUGCUGCGCCCGCCUUUGCCGCCCGUGAGGCCCCGGCUGCGGUGUCCGACUCACUCAACAAGAUCAGCCAAAGUCCUGGCCUCUCCGUCUUGGCCUACUGCUUGUCUUCUAUCAGCAUGACCGUCGUCAACAAAUACGUCGUCUCCGGCUCCAAGUUCAACAUGCCCCUCAUGUAUCUGGGCAUCCAGAACGGUGUUGGCGUUGCUGCCAUCUUGGCCUGCAAGCAGCUGGGCCUCAUCACCACUCUUGCGCCUUUUGACACCGAAAAAGCCAAGAAAUGGAUGCCCAUCUCAUUCCUUCUCCUUGGUAUGAUCUUUACUGGCACCAAGGCACUCCAGUUCCUCUCUGUUCCCGUCUACACCAUUUUCAAGAACCUGACAAUAAUUGUCAUUGCGUACGGCGAGGUCCUGUGGUUUGGCGGCCAAGUUACCUCGAUGAUCCUGCUCUCCUUUGGGAUGAUGGUUGUCAGUUCCGUCAUCGCUGCCUGGUCUGAUGUUCAACACGCUGCCACUGCAUCUUCUGAUGCCAUGUCGACACUCAAUGCCGGUUAUGCAUGGAUGUUCCUCAACGUCCUCUGCUCGUCCAUGUUUGUUCUCGGCAUGCGCAAGGUUAUUCGCAAGAUGAACUUUAGCGAUUGGGACACCAUGUUCUACAACAACUUCCUGACCAUUCCCAUCAUCAUUGUCCUGACUUUCCUUGUCGAGGACUGGUCAGGCGAGAAUCUGGCCCGCAAUUUCCCUGUUGAGAGCCGCAACAAUCUCCUCCUCGGCAUGGUCUACUCGGGUCUUUGCGCUAUCUUCAUCUCUUACUGCUCGGCUUGGUGCAUUCGCGUCACUUCUUCUACCACGUACUCCAUGGUUGGCGCCCUCAACAAGCUGCCCAUUGCUGUCAGUGGCCUCGUCUUUUUCGAUGCCCCCGUUACCUUUGGCAGCGUCUCUGCCAUCUUUCUCGGUUUCGUUAGUGGCAUCGUCUACACCUGGGGCAAGGUGCAGAUGAAGGAGCAGUCCAAGAUGAGCCUCCCGACCACGAACCGGCCUGUCAUGAGCGCCAGCUCCAAGAGCAAUAACGAUGCUUCCAACUCAUAA